GGAUUUCUUUCAUUCAUGGGUGAACUCGAGGAACCAACGCCUGAGUCAAUAAAAAAAAUGGCGGGUGACUCAACAACCGAGUUCCCAUCUCCUUCCCCAAACAAACGUCUCAAAACCUCAUCCAAAUCAAUCAUCGAAGACGAACCCGGUAAUCAUCAUCAACCAGAACAACAACGACAACAACAAGCAGCGGACGAUGAUGAUUCAGAUCCGGAGAUAUGCGGGAUAUGCUUAUCGGACGGUGGACGAAGAGCAGUCAGGGGCAAAAUCAACAGCUGCGAUCACUUCUUCUGUUUCGUUUGUAUCAUGGAAUGGGCUAAGGUGGAGUCCCGUUGCCCUAUGUGCAAACGCAGGUUCACCGUCAUUCAUAGACCGCCCAAGGAAGGUGUCUUUGCUUCCCAACGCCUCGUUAACAUCCCUCAACGAGAUCAGGUUUACCAUCUCUCUGGAAAUGCAACAUCUGGGCUUUCUGAUCCCUAUUCAGAAGUUAAAUGUAGCAUGUGCCAUGGUAUGACCGACGAAAGUCUUCUACUGCUUUGUGAUCUCUGUGACUCUGCUGCUCAUACAUACUGUGUUGGCUUGGGUGCGACUGUACCUGAUGGUGACUGGUUUUGUCAUGAUUGUGCUCUUUCUAGGUCCGAACAUGAGAAAACUGAUGUUGACACUGAAACUGACAAUCAUAUGAUCGCUGCUAACUAUAAUGUACAAUUACCAUCUGAGGAAGAUGUUUCAAUUUUCGAUAUAGUUAGAGAUUCAAAUAUCACACCACUUGAAGGUCAUAAUGCAAGUGUGUCUUCAUGUUCUAAUCAUUCACCACCUAGUAUCAUCCCUGGAUGUGAAAGCAGUGGGGCAGAUGAAGUGAGUCGUCCUAGUAGGAAUACUGUGGGUAAAUCGACUGAAUCAGGUGCAAGAACAUUGCGUCGUUGUCGCAAUGUACAAAGCCGUAUACAGGUUCUUCGUGAAAAUUGGCGUGCACUGCAAAAUAGAUCAUUAAGUUUCUCUUCUCGUAUGGCUGAAUCUGGUGGUGGAAGUUGUGGGAAAGGUAAGGUUGCUGCAGUAUGUAAUCCUGGAUCAAGUGAAUCACAACCGUCCAUUUCAACAAGUCAACAAUCAACUUCUCGAGACAGUUCUAUUCAGCCUAAGGAAGAUUUGUAUGAUAUUGAUAAGGCAUGGAAAAUGAUGAAUAUUGCAAAGUCAAUGCAAAAGAAUUGUAAGACAACUAAUAGUCUUAACCGGAACUCAACAAAACUCCCUUGCCUUGGAAGUGCUUCAAAAGAGGCAAUCAGAAGUUCAAGUCAUCAUAUAUUGAAAAUUCAGCAAAAUGAAACUAGGAAUGAGGAAAGAAUGGGAAAACAGAAGCAGUAUGGGUAUCAUUGUCACAAGAGGGAAAAGGAAAAGUGCAAAUCUCCUGAGUUGGAAAAGCAAAAGAGGGUGGUUAUAAAUACACAACCCAGUGAGAGAGUUCCUUCUUCUCAUUCACUUCAUUUUUUUCAACCUUCAUCAUCUGCAAAUGUCCAAAUUGAAAACAGUUGCUCUCGUGUAAAUGACCUGGGGCCAUUUGUGAAAAUUGCACAAAGUAGAUGUCGAGAAUCAUCAUCAACGGCAAACACGGAGGGUGGAUCUUGUUCAACUAGUUUGUUUGGUUCAGUGCUAAGAGGAUCUAUGGAUUUUUUAGAUUCCAACUUGGAGGCAGGUGUAAAUAAGUUAGAUAUACUGGAGGGGAGAACGAGGUUGGAGAAGAGUUGUUCCAAAAGCAAGGAUAGAAAAGAUGAUAAUAUCAAAAGUGAGAUUCAGGCCCUUGCUAAACUCAAUCCAGGGCGUUCUUUGGAUUCCAACUUGGAGGCAGGUGUAAAUAAGUUAGAUAUACCGGAGGCGAGAACAAGGUUGAAGAAGAGUUGUUCUAAAAGCAAGGAUAGAAAAGAUGAUAAUGCCAAAAGUGAGAUCCAGGCCCUUGUUAAACUCAAUCUAAAGCUCCUAAGCCAAGACAAACGAUUAGGAGUCGUUAUAUUCAAGGAGAUUGCUAGGCUUGCCACCCAUACAAUCUUGGCAGCAUAUGGUUUCCAGCACUCAAAAUCCAGUAUCCACUCUUUUCCGAGUCCGGUAUGUAGCCAUAGCAAUGAUAUUAACCUGCAACAUAAAUCUACUUUGAUGCCGAAUUCUUGUCGAGAAUGUUUUUAUGUCUUCGUAAAGAAUGUUGUUAGCUCCAUUAUGGUUGAGAAAGGUCUGGCUAGGUCAUCAUAAGGUUAUCACUACCUAACCAAAAUUUAAUUAUAAAUCUGUAAGGGAAUAUGUUGUUUAUUCUCUUCCCACAUCCAAUCAAAAGCCGAUUUUUCUCUUGUCAACCCGUCAGUUGUUCUUAUGUACGACAAAUGUGAGUUGUUAUUGGAAUCUAAUUUAUGACUAAAUGGUUUCAAAGAACACUGUAUUUGAAAGUAUGUAUUCAGAGUACAAUGAAUUUGUGCUUCAUUAUUACCA